ACUUUAACUCUUCAAUCAUUUCACUGUGAACACUAGCUUCCUCCGGGGCUCCAUUCACACUCUCGUCCUCUCCACUCUUUUAUCAAGCGAAAAAUGAAGGUGGUCGCCGCCUACUUGCUCGCCGUACUGGGAGGAAACUCUUCCCCUUCCGCCGAUGACGUGAAGAAUAUUCUCGGAUCAGUUGGAGCUGAGGCUGAUGAUGAUAGGAUAGAGUUGCUAUUGUCUGAAGUUAAAGGAAAAGAUAUCACCGAGCUAAUUGCGAGUGGAAGGGAGAAGUUGGCUUCAGUUCCUUCUGGUGGUGGAGCUGUUGCUGUCUCGGCUCCUACUGCCGCUACCGGCGGUGCUGCGCCCGCUGCUGAGGCCAAGAAAGAGGAGAAGGUCGAGGAGAAGGAAGAAUCCGACGAUGAUAUGGGUUUCAGUCUCUUCGACUAAGCAGGCAAAUCAAACCAUUGGUGUUAUUUUAUUAUGUUUUUGGCAGUGUAGUUGAACACGGUUUUAGCUCCUCUUGAAUCUUUUAGUUAUGUUUUUGGAAAAUAUAGUUAAUGGCAUUAACAUUUCAGUUCUAAUUGUGGAUUUUUGGAUUGCCGGUACUUA